AUGGCCAUUGGCUCCACGAUUCCAAACUUCUUCCGUCGAUUUGGUCGGUCGCGCAAAGCCCCACCGACACCACCGCCGCCUCCCCCGCCACCAGAGCCGGUCACCAUCGCCGACCGCCUCCUCAAGCUGUUCAUCAAGCACGGCGAAACCAUUGAAGAGGAACAGCGCCAGCGCCGUGCCGAGGCUUUGCUCCAACUACGCCAACAACGCACACACUCAGACGCCUUCUUUGCUUCCCUCGAUAACCUGAUCGCAAAGGUUGGCGACGGCGUUUCGGACCCCGAUCUCGCUGCUGCUAUCUACGACUUCAGGGAGACAGCCGAGGUGUUGUUCACAGCGGCCGAGGAGGAAGUGCACGAAGCGCACCACCAGAUCAGCCAGGCGAAGGGCACAGGCGACGCCGUGAUCAUGAUGCUCGUGGCGGAGAAGACGGGCGUGUCAUCCGAGGAGCUCAUUAAGUGUCUGGGCGACGCUGUCAAGGCGGACGACAGCUACGGCGCAUGCCAGAGGUAUAUGUACCUUUCGCGCGAGCUGAUGAAGGAGCGUGAUUCCCACAGAGAAGACUCAAGGACGUGGGCGCAGCAGAAGAGGCUGCUCAAGACUGAGAUGCGGAGAUACAGGGCUGAGGCAACCGUGUUGAGUGAGAUGAUCGACGGGGACAUGUCUCAUGUUGUCGCUGCAGUCCUCGACGUGAAAAGGCUGCAGGAACAGGCAGAGACGGUUGACUCCGCGGAGCUGAGGUGUGCCCUCACCGCCCUUGUUGACAGCGCCGCUCGUGUGAAAGAGCAAAGGAAGUUGUAG